AUGCACGAGAGCACAAAUCCGAAGCUUUCUUGCGAAAUCGUACGAAUUCUGCUAGCAAAUUACCCUGCAAACUUUUGUGGCUUUUGGACUGUAGUAACUUGUGAUUUCUGGCAUUUUUCAACAGGACAAGCAGAUUGUGAGCGGAUGAAUUUCAAUCCGGAUUACGAGAGCAUAGCAACUGCUUUCGUGCAGCACUACUACUCGAAAUUCGACCAGGGUGAUGGUAUAGCUCGCGCGCAAGGCCUGGGCGACCUUUACGACCCUGAGAAUUCGUACAUGAGCUUCGAAGGAGUGCAAUGCAAAGGACGGGAUUCAAUCUUAGCGAAAUUUUCGAGUCUGACAUUCAAGCAGAUCCAGCGAGCUAUAACAAAAUGCGACUCACAGCCGCUUUAUGAUGGAUCAAUCUUAGUGAUGGUGCUUGGCCAACUCAAGACAGAUGAUGAUCCAAUCAAUCCAUUUUCUCAAAUCUUCAUUCUCCGACCAAACACUACCGGGUCAUUUUUCAUCGCCAACGAGAUCUUCCGCCUUGAUCUGCACAACAAUUGAAUAGGCUUAUUCACUCCACUGAAUUAGCCAUCCGGAUGAACAGCCGCCUUUCUCCUUACAUUGUUUGCUCUUCACUGCUUAUCUCCAAUGUCUGAGUUUUGUAAUUUGUACCUCCCCUCCAUUUUAGUUUCGCUCGCUUUUCAUGCUUUUCCCCAUUUUUGUUCCAAUUGUUAUAACAGCGGUUUCCUGAUUUCGUGUAUGGUGAAUCCCAACUAUCGUUGGCUUCCAUCACUUUUGUGCCGGUUUAGAUAUGAUUAUUGAAUGAUUGAUAAAACAUUACUGUCCGU